AUGCUCGAGCUGAUCCAAGCCGACUGCUGCGUUGCUGCACUACGGAACGGCCUCGCAACCUUACCGGACCUACAGGAGAAAUCUCGUCGCAGAUCAUUCUCGUCCAAAUUUCUUCAUUGCCGUUCAGACCUCUCCCCGCUAGGGGCUGCGGACCAUCAUGUCUUCUUUCCGCUGAACCCCACAUCUUGCACAGUGAAGCAAUUCAUCCGCAAUGUUCGAUCGGCCAAGACCAUCGCCGACGAGCGGGCGGUCAUUCAAAAAGAGAGUGCUGCCAUUCGAGCUUCAUUCCGCGAAGAAAGCCAUGACUCGGGCGUCCGGAGGAACAACGUGGCCAAACUGCUGUAUCUCUUCACCCUCGGCGAACGAACUCAUUUUGGUCAAAUAGAAUGUCUGAAGCUCCUUGCGUCUCAUCGGUUCGCCGACAAACGAUUGGGGUAUUUGGGGACGAUGCUUCUACUUGACGAAAACCAGGAGGUGCUGACGUUGGUCACAAAUUCCCUGCAAAAUGACUUGAGCCACUCUAACCAGUACAUCGUCGGUCUCGCCCUCUGUGCCCUCGGCAACAUCGCAUCGGUCGAGAUGUCCCGAGACUUGUUCACCGAAGUGGAAAACCUCAUGUCCACAGCGAACCCCUAUAUUCGUCGGAAAGCUGCCAUCUGUGCCAUGCGCAUUUGUCGCAAAGUCCCGGACCUACAUGAACACUUCCUGGAAAAGGCAAAGACGCUACUCGGGGAUCGCAACCAUGGAGUUCUGCUGUGCGGUCUGACCUUUGCAAUCGACUUGUGCGAGGCAGAGGAGGAGGAUGAGGAGGGUCCGGAGGGAGUCAUCGAGGCAUUCCGUCCGCUGGCUGGUGGUCUUGUGCGAGCCUUGAAAGGUUUGACCACUUCCGGGUAUGCACCAGAGCAUGACGUGUCGGGCAUUACGGAUCCUUUCCUCCAGGUCAAAAUCCUACGUUUCCUGCGUGUACUUGGGCGAGGUGAUGCGGCAACCAGUGAAUUGAUCAACGACAUCCUCGCGCAAGUGGCCACAAACACUGAUUCUUCUAAGAAUGUGGGAAAUGCCAUCUUGUACGAGGCUGUGCUCACUAUCCUUGACAUUGAGGCGGAUUCGGGUCUGAGGGUGCUGGGUGUGAACAUUCUUGGAAAGUUCCUGUCCAACAAGGACAACAACAUUCGCUACGUCGCCUUGAAUACUCUCAACAAGGUGGUGGCCAUUGAACCCAACGCGGUGCAAAGACACCGCAACACCAUCCUGGAAUGUCUGCGGGAUCCCGAUAUCAGUAUUCGCCGGCGAGCUCUUGAUCUCAGUUUCAUGCUGAUCAACGAGAGCAACGUGCGCGUCCUCGUCCGGGAGCUACUGGCAUUCCUAGAAGUGGCCGACAACGAGUUCAAGCCAGUGAUGACCACGCAAAUUGGAAUUGCUGCCGACCGCUUCGCCCCAAACAAACGCUGGCAUUUGGACACCAUCCUUCGGGUUCUCAAGCUGGCCGGAAACUACGUCAAGGAACAGAUCCUCUCCUCAUUUGUCCGUUUGAUUGCCACCACCCCUGAGUUGCAGACCUAUGCUGUCCAGAAACUCUAUUCCUCCCUGAAGGAGGAUAUCUCCCAGGAAGGCCUGACAAUAGCCGCCACGUGGACGAUCGGUGAAUACGCCGACAGUUUGCUUCAAGGCGGCCAAUACGAGGAGGAAGAGCUGGUCAAGGAAGUUCGCGAGAGCGACAUCGUCGACUUGCUCACCAACAUUCUAAACAGCACCUACGCCAACCAGAUCGUGGUGGAAUAUAUUAUCACGGCUACUAUGAAGCUCACCACGCGCCUUUCAGAUCCCGCACAAAUUGAACGUCUGCGACGACUCCUGUCUAGUCGCACUGCCGACCUGAGUGUAGAGAUUCAACAACGUGCGGUCGAGUACAGCAACCUCUUUGGCUAUGAUCAAAUUCGCCGGGGUGUCCUUGAGCGAAUGCCUGCACCUGAGAUCCGGGAAGAGCAGCGCGUAUUGGGUGCGCCAGCCAAAAAACGCCAGAGCAAGAUUCUUCGCGGCAAGUCCACGAAGGUUUCUAAGCCUGCCGAUCAUGAUUUGCUCCUCGAUCUCAUGGGUGGCUCCGACGCCCCUGUCACAAGUCCAACAUCAAAUGGGUCCAACACCGCCGAUCUGCUGGCAGAUAUCCUCGGUGGAGGGGACUCGAGCACAACCUCUCCUGCUCCUGCUCCUAGUGGUCAGGCUACAAAUCACAGUUCAAUCAUGGAUCUGUUCGGCUCAGGCGGCGCUUCGCCUUCUCCACAGCCAGCUCAGCAAUCGGCCUCCGCCUCGCUGGACUUGCUCGGUGGCGGAGGUGGCAUGGGUGGCAUGGGUACCUCCGUGCCGUCAUCGACUGCGUCGCCCGCGCCCCCAACCGCAGCCACACCCGCGCACAAUGUCUUCAACAAGGAUGGUCUUGUUUUGACGUUACAAGUGCAGCGUAGCGGCACCAAUGCUCAGAUUCUGGCCCGCUUCCGCAACGACUCCAACUUCGACACCUUCACCAACGUUGGCCUACAAGCUGCCGUGCCGAAGAGCCAGCGCUUGCAGCUGAGUGCCAUCAACAAGUCUGAUCUGCAGGCUGGUGAUGAGGGCACCCAGACAUUACGCAUUGCUGCACUCAAUGGGGCCCUCCCACCCAAACUUCGACUUCGCCUUCGAGUAUCGUCGACUCGGGAUGGCAAUGCAGUCACAGACCAGGUCGAUUGGUCGGAACCUUAA